AUGACACCGGCCAACCAUUCCACUGCCUGGAGACUGGAGAGCACGACGACGCAGCGCCACCGGACAACCAUGCUGCCCCUCGCGAUUGUCUUAUCCGUGGCCAACGUGCUUUACACCGCUGGGAUAUUUUGCAUGCCCUUGGCUGACCAGGGGCCUCACCUCGCGCACGGCUGGGGCCAGGUAGUCCGGCUGAGACACCUGUACGCUGCCAAACCGGGACUGCAUCUGCGUAUCAGUGAGGAUGGACAGAUCCACGGCUCCGCGGACCAAACUCUGCACAGCCUGUUGGAAAUCCGUCCGGUGGCUCCAGGCCGUGUUGUGAUCAGAGGAGUCGCAGCCUCGCGGUUUCUCUGCAUAGAAGGGGAUGGCAGGCUGUACUCAUCGCACACAUACAACGAAGAGGACUGCACCUUUAGAGAGCAGAUCUUAGCAGACGGGUACAACACCUACUUCUCGGAGCGCCAUGGAGCCCUCCUCAGUUUGGGAAACCACCAGCAGAGACUGCAGGGCUUAGACCGAAGCGUUCCGGCUUUGGCCCAGUUCCUCCCAAGGAUCAGCACCCUGAAUCCCGCGUUGUCAGAGCAGCAGCUUCCCGUCCGGCUGAGUGCGGGCCCGGCAGAGGAUGCCGCGCAUCCCGUGGAGUCGUUCGGAAUGCUCUCCCAGAUGAUUCACAGCCCAAGCUUCCACAAGAGAUGAGAACCCAACUCUUGAGCAUUCGGAAAAAGGAUUCGUCAUACGGGGGUUGUCCACGCACUCCUCCUGACAUUUGGAAAAAACCAGCUCCUGCUCCAGAGUCUGGAGGAGCUUGGGGAGGAUGUUGUCAGGGCUGGCCCAUCAGACAUGACUGAACAGAGCGAGGCUGAGGGCUGUGCGCUAUGGAACGCUAUCUCCUGCCAUUCUCAGCUAACCUUUUCAUAUUUCUUAAAAUACAUCAUGGGAUGCCCACAUUCCCUCUGUGAAAAGAAAAAGGGAGUGCUUUUGUUUCAUGUCAAAUAAGGAGACUAAAGUUCACGUAAAGCACAGCGUCAGCAGGAGCAUGAAAAAGAAAGGAAUGCGACCAUAUUUGAUUUGAGAAAAUCAACCAGGAGGAAUCAUUGAGAAAUCAUAGGGUUUAAUAGUCUACUGCAACUCUGUCAUUUGGGCUGUUGGUAGAGUAACCAUGUAGGGGUUGAAGCUCACAUUUCCUACUAAAGUAUUGUGUAAUAUUGGUACUCACUGUAUUUAUUUGCUUUUUUUAAAAAGUUGUUGCUUUUUAUGUUUUUUCAGGUUACCUUUUAAUUUCCUGGAUGUAUUAAUUUGUUACGUUUAUAACAUUUUGUCUUUUUUUAUGUGUCGAGUUUUAGUUUUAAAACCUUUAUGAAUAAAUGUAUGACAGCUUAUCAAGAUGAGAGUAAUCGAUAAUGGAAUUUUCCGUAAGAUAAUUGUUC